AUGGAAAUUUUGUGGAAGACGCUGACUUGGACACUGAGCCUGGUGGUGAUGGCCGCUUCUGAGUUCCAAAGCAUCAACAGACUUUCACACAACUCCCAAGAGGAGUUCCUGUCCUACCUGCAGCACUACCAGUUGACGGUGCCGGUGCGGGUGGACGAGAGCGGAGAGUUCCUGAGCUACACUGUGAAGCACCACCGGCCGGGCCGACGGAGACGCGGGGCGGUGGACCCCAUAAUGGGACAGCUGCCUGCGUUAGACCCGGACCCCCCACAGUACCGGCUGUACUACAGACUGUCAGCCUACGGAAAGCACUUUCACUUAAACCUGACACUCAACCCCCACCUGGUGUCAAAACAUUUCACAGUGGAGUAUUGGGGCAAAGAAGGGCUGGAGUGGCGUCAUAACGUGGUAGAUAACUGCCACUAUGUUGGAUUCUUGCAAAAUCAGCAAAGCACGACCAGAGUGGCGCUCAGCAACUGCAAAGGCCUGCAUGGUGUUAUAACAACAGAGGAAGAACAGUAUUUGAUAGAGCCAUUAAAGAACAUAUCCUCCACCGCCUCCAGUGAAUGGAACCUGGAAGAAGCACAGCAACAUGUUAUUUAUAAAAUGUCUGCCAUUCCCUCACCACAAGAGCAUAGCCAGGAGUUCAGCUGUGGCAUUUCAGACCUCAUUACGAGCAGUGCACCUUGCCCGUCUAGCACGCCUUCCUUCACGGUCCCCCGCUCGUCCCCCGUCCCCCAGAACGACAGCGAGCAGUCGACCAGCACCCACAGACAGCGGCGCUCCAUCAGCAGCGAGCGCUUCGUGGAGACGCUUGUGGUCGCUGAUAAAAUGAUGGUCGGUUACCACGGACGCAAAGACAUUGAGCACUACAUCUUGUCUGUCAUGAAUAUUGUUGCCAAACUUUACCGCGAUGCCAGUCUAGGAAAUGUUGUGAACAUUAUUGUGACCCGGCUGAUUGUUCUGACUGAAGAUCAGCCCAACCUGGAGAUUAACCACCAUGCUGACAAGUCCCUGGAUAGUUUCUGUAAGUGGCAGAAGUCCAUCCUGUCUCAUCACAGCGACGGCAACAGCAUUCCUGAAAACGGGAUGGCUCACCAUGACAACGCUGUCCUAAUCACCCGAUAUGACAUAUGCACCUACAAGAACAAACCCUGCGGUACCUUAGGCUUGGCCUCGGUGGCUGGAAUGUGCGAGCCGGAGAGGAGUUGCAGCAUCAAUGAAGACAUCGGCCUCGGUUCUGCUUUCACUAUCGCGCACGAAAUCGGCCACAAUUUUGGGAUGAACCACGAUGGGAUCGGGAAUUCCUGCGGUACCAAAGGCCACGAGACCGCCAAGCUGAUGGCCGCUCAUAUAACAGCCAACACCAACCCUUUCUCCUGGUCCGCCUGCAGCAAAGACUACAUCACCAGCUUUCUCGACUCAGGUCGGGGGACGUGUCUGGACAAUGAACCUAUGAAACGAGACUUCCUGUACCCAACAGUGGCCCCGGGGCAGGUGUACGAUGCAGACGAGCAGUGUCGCUUCCAGUAUGGAACCUCCUCACGCCAGUGCAAGUAUGGGGAAGUGUGUAGAGAGCUCUGGUGCCUUAGCAAAAGCAACCGCUGUGUAACCAACAGUAUCCCUGCUGCAGAGGGGACUCUGUGCCAGACGGGCAGCAUUGAGAAAGGGUGGUGCUACCAGGGGGAGUGCGUAGCGUUCGGUACCUGGCCUCAGAGCGUGGACGGAGGCUGGGGGCCCUGGUCGACGUGGGGGGAGUGCAGCAGGACCUGUGGGGGCGGUGUGUCCUCCUCCAUGAGGCACUGUGACAGCCCAGCCCCGUCUGGAGGAGGGAAGUACUGCCUGGGAGAGAGGAAACGUUACAGAUCCUGCAACACCGACGCCUGUCCUGCAGGAUCUCGUGACUUCCGAGAGAAGCAGUGCGCCGACUUUGACAGCCAGCCUUUCCGUGGGAAGUACUACAACUGGAAGCCUUACACUGGUGGUGGUGUGAAGCCCUGUGCGCUGAACUGCUUGGCGGAGGGCUACAACUUCUACACAGAGCGCUCUCCUGCAGUCAUAGACGGCACCCGAUGUCAGGCCGACUCUCUGGACAUCUGCAUCAAUGGAGAGUGUAAGCAUGUGGGCUGCGACAACAUCCUGAGCUCUGACGCUAAAGAAGACCGAUGCCGAGUGUGCGGAGGGGACGGCAGCACCUGCGAGGCGACGGAGGGACUCUUCAACGAGUCUCUACCCAGAGGAGGCUACAUGGAGGUGGUUCAGAUCCCAAAAGGAUCGGUUCACAUCGAGAUCAAAGAAGUUGCCAUGUCGAAGAAUUACAUCGCUCUGAAGUCUGAAGUGGAUGAUUAUUACAUCAACGGCGCAUGGACCAUCGACUGGCCCAGGAAGUUUGACAUCGCAGGGACGGCCUUCCACUACAAGAGACCCUCUGAUGAGCCGGAGUCUUUAGAGGCGCUGGGUGCUACCACUGAAAACCUGGUUGUCAUGGUCCUCCUUCAGGAAAUGAACAUGGGAAUACGCUACAAGUUCAACGUGCCCAUCCAGCGCACAGGAAGUGGUGACAACGAGGUGGGCUUCUCCUGGCACCACCUGCCCUGGUCCGAAUGCUCAGCUACCUGCGCUGGAGGUUCCCAGAAGCAGGAGGUGGUGUGUAAAAGGUUGGAUGACAACUCGGUGGUGCAGAACAGCUACUGUGACCCAGACGGCAAACCUCCAGAGAACCAGAGAGACUGCAACACUGAGCCGUGUCCUCCAGAGUGGUUUAUUGGCGACUGGUCGGAGUGUGGGAAGACGUGUGACGGCGGGAUAAGGACGAGGACCGUCCUGUGUAUCAGGAAGAUCGGCCCCGCUGAGGAGGAGACGCUGGAGGACACCCACUGUCUGACUCACCGACCUAUCGAACGAGAGUCGUGCAACAACCAGUCCUGCCCGCCCAAGUGGGUCACUCUGGAUUGGUCGGAGUGCACGCCGAAAUGUGGCCCCGGCUUCAAGCACCGCAUCGCCUUAUGUAAGAGCAGCGACCUCGCCAAGACCUUCCCGCCCGCCCAUUGCCCGAGCCACAACAAACCUCCGGUCCGAAUCCGCUGCAGUUUAGGACGCUGUCCUCCUCCUCGCUGGAUCCCUGGUGAAUGGGGACAGUGUUCGGCGCAGUGCGGCCUGGGCCAGCAGAUGAGGACGGUGCAGUGUCUGUCGUACACCGGGCAGCCGUCUAGCGAGUGCGCAGAGUCCCUCCGACCCACCACCAUGCAGCAGUGCGAGAGCAAGUGCGACGCCACCCCCAUCUCCAAUGGCGACGAGUGCAAAGAUGUCAACAAAGUGGCCUACUGCCCGCUGGUGCUGAAGUUCAAGUUCUGCAGCCGUGCGUACUUCAGACAGAUGUGCUGCAAGACCUGCCAGGGGCACUGACCCGGGAGAACAAGAACGCGACGUAGCUGAAGAAAGAGAGCAAAGCAAGAAAAGAUGGAGGGAGGCUGAUGCGGCACUGAAAGGGAGAGAAGAAAACAGGGCCGACUGAAAACAACCUCUGGACGCGUGGAAGACGGAGGAAGAGAGAGAUCGGCGCUGGCAGAACGAGGCAGAGAGAAGUAAGGGUUCCCCUGUUUAUCACACCCGGUCCUCCUCCUGCCCUCCAUCGUGGUGGAACCCAAACCACUGCUCAGCCCACAACGCUGACACAAACUGUUUUUAAAAUUUUUCACUUCUGUGAAGUGGAACUUGGAAGAUUAUUCGUUGGUGAUGUUAUUUUUAUUAUAAUAAUAAUUAUUGAUAUCAUUGUUAGUCUUCCUGCGUGUUUUUGUUGUUGAAUGAAUCCAAAGUGCUGGACACAUCGCUCGCAGAGGAUGUUACCCCAGACGGAGACGGAGGGGAGGACUCCUCGCUAGAAGAGGGGGGGAUGGGAGUGUCUUUGGGACGACUGUGAUGGUGCUAUUGGCAGGCAGACUUUUUUUUGGCUUCGGUGCACUUUUUCGUGUAAAUACUUUUGCCAAUUUACCCCGCUCAGAUACGACAGAGAAACCCCAUCAGUGUACUGUAUAUUUAUUGUACAAUUCCAAGCAGAGCUGAGAUAUUGUCCUCUGAUAUCAUGUUUGUGUCAGAUAGUAGCCUACUGUCAUGGAAGGGAAUGUAAUGUGAUUGAAUUCAUAUUCAAUGUCUCUGUGCUGGAAUGAAAAUAUUACAUACUGUAACAUACGUUAAACCCUUAUAUACUGUAAGGAUUUGUAUAUUAUAUAUGAUGUUAAUCCAGGACCAGAAAAUACCACGUGGUUAUAGGAGGAUUGUUUAAAUCACUUUUUUCUUUCCCCAGACGGGUGCCUUAGUUCCUAACACUUAAUUAAAAAGCUCACCCAGCGUCAGUUAGUCCAGAGUAGAAUGAAGAUAUUGUCAGACGGUGCCUGGGCCACAUGAAACACUUUUUACCAAACUGGCCUUUACGAAACAUCCCAUUGAGGAGCUUUUCAGUUCGCUAUUGAAGGAUUCAUUUUGAAGGAGCAUAUUCUAUGAAGCAGCUUGUUCAUUGGAAUCACAGUGCAGUCACUAUUUCUCACUCUUUUAAGCUGGAUGAUUAUUUAAUCAAAAUCAUAUUUUUGUAUUUCAGUAGCAAGCAAUUGUUUCAGCGCUGACAAGUUAAAGGAAUAGUUCGACAUUCUUGCCGAGAGUUAGACGAGAAGAUUGAUACCAGACACUCUCACGUCUGUGAACAUGAAGCUUUAGCAUAAAGACUGGAAGCUAGCGUGGCCUCUGUCAGAGCGUAAAAACAUCAACCUACCGGCACCUCUAAGGGCGCUUUCACAAGCCAACAUUUAUUCCGCUUUAAUCGCAGUCUGAUGCGGUUCGUUUGGGCGGUUGUGAACCCAGUAAUCGUACUCUGGUGCAGCCAAAACAACCAGACCGAGACCGCUUG